GGUUAAUAAGUAGCACACCACACGGAACGUGGAACCGAUUCACUUCUGACCAUGACUGCGGCACCAGAAACCGUUGAAAUGACACAGCACAGCCCUGCUAAGUUAGGUUUAAUGCAGUUUCUGGCUGGUGGUUGUGCUGGCUUUGUGGAGGUAUCCAUAAUGCAUCCAUUAGACUUAAUCAAAACAAGAUUUCAAAUACAGAGAGGACCAGAUGACCCACACAGAUACACCUCACUAGCAGAUUGUUUUAAAAAAAUGUACAGACAAGAAGGUGCAUUAUCCUUUUAUAAAGGUAUAUUACCACCGCUGUGUGCAGAGAUGCCAAAAAGAGCUGUAAAAUUCUUCACAUUUGAGCAGUAUAAAACAAUGUAUUCAUAUAAUUCAUUCUUAUCUCAGGGUGUGGUGUUUACAUUAGCAGGUCUAUCAUCAGGCCUUACAGAAGCUGUUAUUAUAAAUCCUUUUGAAGUAGUAAAAGUUAAAUUACAAUCUGAGAGGGGUACAAUUUCUGAGCAAAAAAGUACAUAUGCUACAGCCAGAGAAAUAAUCAAAGAGCAUGGUGUCAGAUAUUUUGCUAGCAAGGGAAUGACAGCAACAUUAGGACGUCAUGGUGUUUUCAAUAUGAUCUACUUUAGUUUUUAUCAUAAUGUAAAAGGCAUUGUUCCACAAUAUGAGGAUCCUUUUACAGAAUUCUGUAGAAAGUUUUUGAUUGGUUUAAUUGCUGGUACUCUGGCUUCCUGUAUAAACAUUCCAUUUGAUGUCGCUAAGAGUCGUAUCCAAGGACCUCAGCCAGUACCAGGACAAGUUAAAUAUAGAAGUUGUUUUGCUACUAUGCUAACAGUAUAUAGGGAAGAAGGAUAUUUAGCUUUAUACAAAGGACUACUGCCAAAGGUAUUGCGAUUAGGACCAGGUGGUGCCAUUAUGUUGCUGGUCAAUGAACAUGCAUUAGAGUGGAUGAAAAAUAACUUUUAAAGAUACAGUGAUGUUAAGAAUGAAAUUACUGUGGGCUUUCAUUUACACUAAAGAGAAAUAUUUUUUUUAUUAUAAAACAAGUUUAAUAUAAUUUCUACUUAUAGAUUUGUGUGGAAUUUCAUAUACUUAUUUAAAAAUGUGUUUUGUAAGUGGUAGAUUUUAUUAUACUGCAGGUUCAUCAAACACAGUAUUUUUUGUAAGCAGUAGAUUUUGUAUCCUAGAUAUUAUUGUUAGAGUUUAUACUUUGUACACACCUUUGUUGGAAUACUUGAUAAUUUUUUGUAAUUUUCAUUUAUUUUCAAAUAUUUUAAGCAUACACACUGACAUAGCAUCUGUGUGAAAAAGCCAGUAUGGUAUUAAAAAAGUCCCUUUUUAUGUUUUAAACUCAGGAUCAUGAAAAUGCUUUAUUUUGUAUAAUUUUAUUGUAAUAUUCCAAAAAAUGACACAGCUAAAACCUUUACCAGCCGCACUGAGUGCUACAAAAAACGACUUUUGGACAUCGUUUCUUUAAACUCAUUCUUUUCCUAAAGUCCUAAAUGUUAUUACCAGUAAUUGGCUUUUUUUUUUUUAUUGUAUUUUGUUUUCAUUAAGAGAAGAAGAUAUCAACAAUAGACAGAAUAAUUUUUUUAUUUAAGUAAAGAGAGAAAAAUAUUUUAACAUGUUGUGAUUUUAAUACAUGUAAAACAUAUAUUGGUAACUACCGGUAUAUUUCUAUGAAAUCUAUGAAAAGAAGAAAAUAUUUUGUCAUGAUUUAGUUCACUAAUAGAACAACCUGUAAAAAAUAGCCAUACUUCAUCUUUGAAGACUUUUCAGCAACUGCCAAGAUAAAGAACAUCAAAUUAAAUCAUUAUUGUUUAUUAUUUCCAGAAAUUGCUGUCUCAUGUAUAUCAAUACUAUAUCCUUUAUUUUCUAUUUUAAACAUUGUUAUCCAUGUGAUAUGAGAGAAAAAUUAUAGAUAGUGCUGCUUUUGCUUCUGAGCAUAUCUGGUCAUUUUGUUGUUUUGUUCAUUUCAAGUAUUCAAGACUCACAAUCAUAUAGAUUGUAUUCAAUUGUAACGAUCCUUUAAGAGUUGAUCAAUUCAACCACUUGUCUCAUCUUGUGUUUUCAAGUUCAAGAUCAUAUCAAUCGUAUUCAAUCAUCAUGAUCAUAUUCAAUCAUUAUAAUCGUUUAAAUGUUGAUCAAUCAAUUGUGGAAUACUGUACCUAAUAGUUCUUGUCCUGAUAUGUAUGAUAUAUUUGCCAUAAGAUGUUAAACACUCAAUUCAUCAUCAUUGCAUCACCAAGGUAAACAUUGCUCAAAUUACAUUCCAAACAAGGGAGACAACUCAAAGUUAACUAUAGCUAGCAGGUGAAUUGAUUAAAGCUUGCUUUGUCUUCUUCAAUAUACUGAUGUGGAAUUAUUAUUUGUGGGAUACUAAUUUUCGUUGAUUUGUGGGUAUAUGUGAACCAUAAAUUUAGAUAUUCAAUGAAGUCUAAAUUUCCUGAAGGCUUGUAUGCAGACUUUGACAUGACAAUAAAAAUAUCCAUAAAAAUAUAACUUUUCCUCAAUUCAUGAAAAGUGGUACCCACGAAAAUAAAGCAGAAAGCUAUAUCACUGAAAUCAGUUACUUUUUGAUGAUACUAUAUUUAAGAAAUUUCAAUUUUUAUAUUCAUUGCUAAUUACAUAUUUGAUCAUUGUUAUAAUUUCAGUUAACAUUUAGAUAAUACAAUAUGCUUAUUAUUAAUGUAUUUUAAAGGCAGCAGUUAACAAAAUGUACAUACAUUUUACUUACCAUAUGUUUAUUCUUAACAUGGAAAUAUAUUUAGUUUAGUUCACAAGAUUAGUAUCAGACUUAUGACUAUUUCACAUUGAUGUUUCUGUAUUAGAUAUGUUAAAAAAGGGUGUUUUAAGAGCCAUUACUUGAAGCAGUGGAUAAAGGAGAUUACUACAAACAUCUUAACUAUACUUAAAUCACAUCAGCUUCUUUGAAAAACAUAUCUCUCAGAAAAAAAUGUUUUUUUAUAAGGCAGUUGUUCACUGUCCAACCUGCAGCUUGGACACCAUUAGCUCUUUGCAUUGUGGUAGAUGCAGAGGUCUACAGUUAUAGUGUAUUACUGCAUUCUGUUUUAUUAGGGCCCCACUGAAUGGCGGGUCGCCCUAUAGUGAUCAGUCUGUCCGUCCGUAACAAAUUGUAUCAGCUCUAUAUCUAGAGAACCAUUAUGAUUUCAAAGUUUAUACUUGACAUGUAUAUUAACCAACACCAGAGGGUGUGUCAUAAUGUAUGUACAACUUCCUAGGUCAAUGGUCAAAAACUUUGGUUUCAGUUGACAACCCCAUGUCCUAUGGUAAAGAUUGUGUCCGAUGUAUAUCUUGAGAACCAUUAUGAUUUUAAAGUUUAUACUUGACAUGUAUAUUAACCAACACCGGAGGGUGUGUCAUAAUGUAUGUACAACUUCCUAGGUCAAAGGUCAAGGUCAAAAACUUUGGUUUCAGUUGACAACCCCAUGUCCUAUGGUAAAGAUUGUGUCUGCUCUAUAUCUAGAGAACCGUUAUGAUUUCAAAGUUUAUACUUGACAUGUAUAUUAACCACCACUAGAGGGUGUGUCAUAAUGUAUGUACAACUUCCUAGGUCAAAGGUCAAGGUCAAAAACUUUGGUUUCAGUAACCCAAUGUCCUAUGGUAAAGAUAGAUUUUUACCACACGUUAUUCACAGCAGGGCCCACAUAGAUGGCUCCCAUCUCAAUGAUAUCUAGUUAAAUUUUUCAUCCUAGCCCCCCUAUAAAAAUCAAAUGGUAGCUCCCUAACUGGUAACUUUUUUUGUUAUGGUUUUUGAUGAGUGUAUUGUUGAUAUUGCUGUUGUUUUCCAUUUUCGAAGGGUUUGUUUUGUUAUGCAGUCAUUUUAUUACAUAUGUUUGAUUUUUGUUUUAGUUAAAUGACUGUUUUUCUUAUUGAACUUCUUAAAAUUAUUUUGUUUUCUUUCUUUCCAUUUUGGAUCAAUACACUUAGUUUUGUUUUUAUUUGUAUUUAGUUUACAGUUAUAAAUGUAUUUUUUAAAAGGGAAAUAAAACUAUCGUAAUAUUUUAUAGGGCAAUUAUGUAUAUGAACCUUAAGACAAAUUUAUAUACCGUUAAAGCUAUUUUGGUUAUAAGGUGAGAGCUCAAUACAUAUCUUAAUUAACGACAAAAUUUAUAAGGAAGAUCUCUGUUGAAAUUAAAAAUAUCAAAAUGUUUUUCUUAAGGAUGUACUUAGGUGAAAUAAAAAAAAUCUAGAAGUUAAAAUUGAUACUAUAAGUCAGAAGAGUAUUAGUUCAGGAACAAAAUAAGCUGAAAAUAUUGAUAGGUAAUGGAGCUCCUUUUCGAGAUAUUUGAGUUUUAAAAAAUGGCGGGAAAAGGCUGACACAGACUUUUACCUUGUAAUUGCAUUGGUAUUAUUUGGGCCUCAAAUCGAAAGAAAAGAAAUCUAGAAUCUGCUUUAAUUUUGGUAAAUGACCUUUUAUGAGCUAUUGAAGUCUUAUAUGAAAAGAAAAAUGGGUGUUAUGGGGAAAAAUAUUUUACCCUGUAUCGUAGGAAAAAAACCAAGGAGUCAGAACAUUUGACACAAAUUCCUAAACCUCACCUAAGUACAUCCUUAAUUGAUAUUGUUUAAUCAAUUUAGAAUUUAAGAAAGGUUGGUUACGGGAAUUUAUGUAUGUUUUAAUGUAUAGAAAAAAUAAAAUAAAUAACAAGAAUUUCAAAAUAUUUUACCAGAAGUGCAUUUGAUAUUUAGAUAUAAAUGUUGUGACUUUAAAGGAUAGGUCUAGCUACUAAACAUCUGUAAUUUUAGUUAUUUAAAGAAUUUUUUAAGAGAUAAUCACUGAAUGCUCAACUAUUUCAUUACUCACUUUACACUGAAAUAUAUUGAUUUGAUAAUGCUUUUGUAUAAGGCAUGCAAUGUUAAUUGUUUUGAUAUUUUAAAAUUUAGUAUAUAUACUGUAUUUUAAUGCCUGACUAUUGAUAUUAAAGGGGAAUUAAAUAUC